AAGAGGAGCUCAACGCGCCCAUUCGAACAGAAACGACCGAAACGAAAAGUAUUAAACGACGAAUGCCCGACGUAACCUGAAUUAAUACAGGAUGAGUGUGAAGAUGACUUCUACAAAAAAUUAUAUGAACGAAUUGUUUGGAACACUGCUGGUACUGUCCGCAUUGUCAUCGACGGCGUUUGCAGUAGACUGUCAUGGGAAAUCUUUCCACUGCGUAAACUCCACCCACUUCAUGAUAUGCGUGGACCUAGGGGGCGGAGUUUCACAGGCAAUAGACAACUUCUACAUAGCCUGCCCUCCUCCGACGGUUUGUCAGGGAACAAACCACUUUGAAUGCGAGUUUCCAGCACCAACAACACCUAGCACUGUAAGAAGCAACGUCAUUAGUGAAACCACACUUCCGUGGGAGGACAUCGUAACUUCUUCUUCCUUGGAUAACACAACGAAAGAGUUCUCUGAAAAUUACAUAAAUACAGACAGAGCUACAACUGUAGAAUACAGUGUUACUAUAGAAACGACCGCGGAUGUUACUACAAGAACAGCGUCGAACUUUUAUAUUAAUAAUGAAUUAAAUGUGACAAAAAUUGCACCAACUAUAGUUGCAGAUAUUACAACGUCUCCUAUAGAAACUAUAUCACAGACUAUAAGUAAAGACCGAAGUAUAACAAAAACUAUAUUACCAGCUGAAGGUGUUACAACUAGUGUCAUAGAAACUGUAACAGAAACUACAGCCGAAACUAACAAUCCAACAAAAACUGAUCUAGUAAUAGCUGGUGAAGAAAACAAUAAAAAGGCUAUAAAUAUUAAUACACAAACUACAACCGAAAAUAAAGUCAUUACAGAAACUGUAACAGCAGAAUCAGUUCCAAUAACUAUAGAACAAAUAAUACAAACGACUGUCAACCCUCUCGAGGUAGAUACGUCUUACAACGAACACGGAUAUACAUCCAAUUUUGGCAAAUGGGUCGUUCCAUUGGUUGGUGAUAAUAAUGCAAAACAAAAAAAUUAUACGAUGGAUGCACAAAAUGCUAAAGAUACAACGACUCUAGAUAAAGCAUUUACUAUUGAUACAGUAGGGAACGCCCCGAGAUCUGAGCACCCAACAACGAUAUACGAAGAAAUCUUUACAAAAGACUCUAUUCAAAACACUGAGAUAGUAAAUCUCGACAUUGUAACUACAGAGGCUAUACCAAGUAGUAACGUUCAACUAGGCACUACUCAAGCACCAUCAUUGACACUAAGUUCUGCAGACACAACAACUGUAGACGAAACAUAUACUAUAGAAACAGUAGAGAAAGUUCCCACUUCUGAGCAUCCUCCAACAAUAUAUGAAGAAAACCUUACAAAAGACUCAACUCAAAACAUUGAAACAGUAAAUCUGGACAUUGCAACAACAGAGGCUGUGAAUAUAUCUUAUUCAAAUAGUGACGUUCAACUAGUCACGACUCAAGCACCAUCAUUGACACAAAGUUCUGCAGACACAACGACUCUAGAUAAAGCAUUUACUAUUGAUACAGUAGGGAACGCCCCGAGAUCUGAGCAACCAACAACGAUAUACGAAGAAAACUUUACAAAGGAUACUACUCAAAAUAUUGAAACAGUAAAUCUCGACAUUGUAACUACAGAAGCUAUAAAUAUACCUCUUUCGAAUAGUGAUGAUCAACAAGUCACGACUGACGCGCCAUCAUUGACGCAAAGUGUUACAUACACAACGACUCGAGACGGAGCAUUUAAUAUUGAAACAGUCGAGAAUGCACCUAGUUCUGAGCAACCAACAACAGUAAAUGAAGAAAAAUUUAUAAAAGACUCCACUCAAAACAUUGAAACAGUAAAUGUUGACAUUGUAACUACAGAGGCUGCGCAUAUACCUUUUUUAAAUGGUGAUGAUCAACUAGUCAUGACUCAAGCACCAUCAUUGUCGCAAAAUUUUGCAGACACAACGACUUUAGACGGAGCAUUUACUGUUGAAAUAGUAGAGAACGCGCCUAGUUCUGAGCAACCAACAACAGUAAAUAAAGAAAAAUUUACAAAAGAGUCUACUCAAAACAUUGAAACAGUAAAUCUGGACAUUGUAACAACAGAGGCGGUGAAUAUACCUUUUUCAUAUAGUGACGUUCAACUAGUCACGACUCAAGCACCAUCAUUGACACAAAGUUCAGCAGACACAACGACUAUAAAUGGAGCAUAUACUAUUGAAACAGUCGAAAACGCUCCAAGUUCUAAGCAUCCAACUACAAUAUACGAAGAAAACUUUACAAAGGAUACUACUCAAAAUAUUGAAACAGUAAAUCUUGACAUUGUAACUACGGAAGCUAUAAAUAUACCUCUUUCGAAUAGUGAUGAUCAACAAGUCACGACUGACGCGCCAUCAUUGACGCAAAGUGUUACAUACACAACGACUCGAGACGGAGCAUUUAAUAUUGAAACAGUCGAGAAUGCACCUAGUUCUGAGCAACCAACAACAGUAAAUGAAGAAAAAUUUAUAAAAGACUCCACUCAAAACAUUGAAACAGUAAAUGUUGACAUUGUAACUACAGAGGCUGCGCAUAUACCUUUUUUAAAUGGUGAUGAUCAACUAGUCAUGACUCAAGCACCAUCAUUGUCGCAAAAUUUUGCAGACACAACGACUCUAGACGGAGCAUUUACUGUUGAAAUAGUAGAGAACGCGCCUAGUUCUGAGCAACCAACAACAGUAAAUAAAGAAAAAUUUACAAAAGAGUCUACUCAAAACAUUGAAACAGUAAAUCUGGACAUUGUAACAACAGAGGCGGUGAAUAUACCUUUUUCAUAUAGUGACGUUCAACUAGUCACGACUCAAGCACCAUCAUUGACACAAAGUUCUGCAGACACAACGACUAUAAAUGGAGCAUAUACUAUUGAAACAGUCGAAAACGCUCCAAGUUCUAAGCAUCCAACUACAAUAUACGAAGAAAACUUUACAAAGGAUACUACUCAAAAUAUUGAAACAGUAAAUCUCGACAUUGUAACUACAGAAGCUAUAAAUAUACCUCUUUCGAAUAGUGAUGAUCAACAAGUCACGACUGACGCGCCAUCAUUGACGCAAAGUGUUACAUACACAACGACUCGAGACGGAGCAUUUAAUAUUGAAACAGUCGAGAAUGCACCUAGUUCUGAGCAACCAACAACAGUAAAUGAAGAAAAAUUUAUAAAAGACUCCACUCAAAACAUUGAAACAGUAAAUGUUGACAUUGUAACUACAGAGGCUGCGCAUAUACCUUUUUUAAAUGGUGAUGAUCAACUAGUCAUGACUCAAGCACCAUCAUUGACACAAAGUUCUGCAGACACAAAUCUUGAUAGAGUAUUUACUAUUGAAACCGUCGAAAAUAGUUUUAUUAGUGAACAGCCAACUAUGAUAAAUGAACAAAGCUCAAUCGAUCAAUCAAUCGAUACUACUCAAAAUAUCGUGACAGAGAAUAUUAUAGUUCCUAAUAGCAAAGCAAUAAAUCGAGACAUCGUGACUACAGAAACUAUUUAUCAGUCUUCUACAGAGAUUAAAGAUCAAUUAGUUAUGACUGAAGAAUCACAUGUGACAAAGAUAACCGUGGAUUUGCAUACCAGUACUGAGCAAACAACGAUGUUGCAUGAAGAAAAUGGGACAGUGGAAACUUAUGAAAACGUGGCUAGCCAAAAAGUACCAAUUGCAACUGGUUACACUCAGUCUGUAACGUUAAAGCCACAAAAUCCAGAAUACGUAAAGCAAGAUGUAACAAUGAUAGCUGAAAUUAUAGAGAAUGGUGCCAUUAAGGAACAACCAAUUACGACAAAUGCAAAAAGCUCGACAACGGGUAUUAUACAAAAUGUUGCAACAGAUUAUAACAAUAUUCCAACUAGACAUUCAGUAAAUUUUGAUAUAACAACGGAAGUUGUUUAUACACCUACAACAAUAAAAAACGACCAUAUAAUUCAAGUUGCGUCAGAAGAUUAUAUCUCGACUGAAGCUCAAUUACUGACAGAUACAAAUGUAGACGAAACAAAGGUUGAUGAGGCAUUCAUUACAGGAGUAGUAGGUAAUGGUGACAGUUCAAAUCAAAUAAAUUUAAUAAAUAAAGAAAGUGUGGCAACAGAUACUACUCGAAGUAUUGACUCAAUCAACCUUCCGGCAUGUAACGAAACCGUAAAUGUAACCACAAUAAUUAGUAAUGCUCAAUCUGAUUUUGAAAAUAAUAUGAAAACUGAAGGUCUAUUCCUCCCAUCAGAAAACAUAGUAUCUACGCCGGAAGUAAAUGGGGGAGCCGAUUUUAUACCAGCAAAACCAAUCAAUAUUGAGCAGAUAAUAGCGAAAUUACCUGAGGAGAAACUUAUUCCUAACGCUGAAUUAGAAAUGGCUAUAGUACAAAUUACAAACAACAAUUACGCAAAUGCAGACCAUGAUAAUGAUGACUUUCAGCAAAAAAACAAAACCGAGUUUUUAGGUCCCAAAAGUGAAUCAAACGAUAUUUCCAUUCAAACUUAUAACAGCCAAAAAGGCGAAAGUAAAAAAAUACGAGUGCCUAAUCAUGCGCAAUAUAGUAAAUUACAACCAAGCACCAUAGAAGGUCAAGAUCAGACAGCAAAUAUACAUUGGAAUCCUUUCGACAAUUAUUUGAUCGACAAAUCUUUUAAAAAAUCAGAACUUACAGAAAAGUCUGAUGUCACGAACCUAAACAUGGAACGAAACGACGUAAACGUGGUCAGUUCUGAUUCAAAGUUUGUGUCUUUGCAACAUGUUAUAUCGGCAUUACCUGCAACUAAUCCAAUUCCCGCUGAAAUCAAUAAUCGUAAACAAAGCUAUAACGCUACUACUGUAACCCAGAGCUCAGACGGUUUUCUGAUUACAAAUGGACUUCCAGAAAAUAUAAUGAAUGUGAACAGCGAAUCUGAAGUCGCUAGUUUACCUACACAAGAACCCGUGACCCUAGUUAAAGAUCAUUCUACUUAUUUGAAAACCAACACAUUGGCAAAUGGUGGAUCAGUUACCUUGUCUUCGUCAAAGACUGUACCCACAAAUGCAAAUGUUGCUGAUACUAAAAUACUAUAUAAUAAAGGACAUUAUGUUGAAACCAUACCUAAUUUAUUCGGCCCUGGGUCAGAAUCUAUAAUUGACGAAACUGGCAGCAACGUUAAGAAGAUUGGAAGCAAUGCUAACGUUUCCUCGGAUAACAAAGAAAUUGACAACUCCAAAACUAGUAAAGAGGCAACUGUUGCUGAUACUAAAAUACUGGACAAUACACACAAUAUUGAAACCAUCCAUAACUUAUUUAGCACUGGGUCUGAAUCUACAGUUGAUCAAACUGCCAGCAAUGUUAGGGAGAUUGCGAGCAACGCUGACGAUUCCUCUGAUAAGAUAGAAUCCGAGAACUCCAAAAACAGUAAAGUUGCAACGGUCGUUGAGACUAAACUACUGGAUAAUAUACACAAUAUUGAAAUCAUACAUAACUUAUUUAGCUCUGCGUCAGAAUCUACAGUUUACCAAACUGGCGGCAAUGUUAGGGAGAUUGGGAGCAACGCUAACAUUUCGUCUGAUAAGAAAGAAUUUACAAGCCCCAAAAACAGUAAAGAUGCAACUAUUGCUGAUACUACAAUACUGGAUAAUACACGCAUUAUUGAAACCACACAUACUUUAUUUAGCCCUGGGUUAGAAUCAACAGUUUACGAAAUUGACAGCAACGUUAGGGAGAUUGGGAGCAACGCUAACGUUUUCUCGCAUAAGACUGAACCUGCGAACCCCAAAUACACAGACGCAACUGUUGUUCAUACUAAAAUACUGGAUAAUACACACAAUCAUGACAUCAUACCUAUUUUAUUCAGCCCAAGGUCAGAACCUACAGUUGAUAAAACUGGCAGCAAAGUUAGGGAGAUUGAGAGCAACGUUAACGUUUCGUCAGAUAAGAAUCCCAAAAACAGUAAAGGUCCUGUUGACCUAUCGAAAACCAAUUCACCUAUAAAUCUAUCUUUAUCUAUUUCUAUACAAAAGCCUUAUGCAAAAACUGUUCAAACACUUUCUCAAUCGGUGACCGCAAAUCCAAUUUCACCAGUCACAAAGCAAGUUGCAAAUGAAGAGGCAAUACCCUUUACUUGCGUCAAUGGCGUAAGGGGUAGAUAUUCGGACAAGGACCAUUGUAGAAAAUUUUACAUUUGUGUUGGUCACAAUCAACCCGUUGUUGGUAACUGUCCCGAAAACACCGUAUUUAGUGACAUUAAAAAACUAUGUACUAAAAACUUGUCUCAUUGUAUACGACAAAAUGAGUUCAAAUGCCCAUCGGCAGGCAGAUUCAGCGACUUUAUGAAAGACAAUGUUUAUUACAUUUGCGUCAAUCAUAAGAACCACUUGUAUAGAUUCAAAUUUCAAUGUCAAGAAGGCUACAUUUUUAACAAGACAACAGUUAACUGUAUAGAGGAGAUAGAGUCCAAUGAAUCAGUUUCGAUCACUUCAAGCGAUAACAUAAGUCAAAUGGGUAGCACCAGUACUGCUAGCACCAGCAAUAACAUCAGUAGCGAUGAUAGUAGUAGUAAGACCGAUGACGUUUCAACGACUAAAAAUACCAACGAGGCAGAAGAAACGCCGGAAAAAUCAGAAGGAAACGAAGAUGACGAUGAAGAUGAAGUGUUUGAAUGUAAAAAGGAAGGUAAAUUCCCGAUUCGUAAUGAAUGUAGGCGAUUCUACUUAUGCAAGAAGAAACGGAAAUCAGAGUACCGGCGGAAGAUAAAGAAAUGCGGUUCGGACCGCGUGUUCCACAAGGAUAAGAAAAAGUGCGUGGACGCAGACAGCUACGAAUGCUAACACCCUAUAGAGUCCCUAGAUCUUGAAACAAUACUAUUGAUCUGUCACGUGAUACGUAGGUAGAUAGACUUUGAGUCCUAUAUGUACAAAAUAAUUAACUAAUUUAUUUUGUUGAUA